AUGAGCAACACGGACUUCCUAGGGCGGGCGAUUGACACGGUCAAGAAGGCCAUUGAGAACGACAAUGAGGGCGAGUACGAAAAGGCCUAUCAGCUGUACUACUCCUCCCUGGAGCUAUUCAUGCUGGCCUUGAAAUGGGAGAAGAACCCAAAGUCCAAGGAAAUGAUCCGCGCAAAGACGGGCGAGUACAUGGAUCGCGCGGAGAAACUGAAGAACCAUCUGGCCCAGUCGGACGGACGAAAGAAGCCGAGCGCAGUUAACGCUAACGGCAGCGUGGCGCAAGGCAGUGGAAAGGGCGGGAAAGAGGAAGAGGACGGCGAGGAUGCCGAUUCGAAGAAACUACGGUCCGCCCUUGCGGGCGCCAUCUUGUCGGAUAAACCCAAUGUGCAGUGGGAGGAUGUGGCGGGUCUCGAGAGCGCCAAGGAGGCCUUGAAGGAGGCGGUCAUUCUACCGAUCAAAUUCCCGCACCUCUUUACGGGGAAGCGACAGCCGUGGAAGGGUAUCCUGCUCUAUGGACCUCCUGGUACCGGAAAGUCGUAUCUCGCCAAGGCUGUCGCAACGGAGGCCAACAGCACGUUCUUCAGUGUGAGCAGUAGUGAUUUGGUAUCCAAAUGGAUGGGUGAAAGUGAACGACUCGUGAAGCAGCUUUUCAACAUGGCCCGAGAAAACAAGCCAGCCAUUAUCUUCAUCGAUGAAGUUGACGCCCUUUGUGGGCCCCGUGGCGAAGGAGAGUCCGAGGCGUCACGCCGAAUCAAGACCGAACUGCUGGUGCAAAUGGACGGUGUAGGCAAAGACUCCAAGGGCGUGCUAAUUCUGGGCGCAACGAAUAUUCCAUGGCAACUCGAUGCUGCCAUCCGACGUCGAUUCCAGCGAAGAGUCCAUAUCAGUCUUCCCGAUAUCAACGCACGAAUGAAGAUGUUUAUGUUAGCGGUGGGCUCAACGCCAUGUGAAAUGUCGCAAGGUGACUACCGCACUCUUGCGGAGAUGAGUGAGGGAUACUCUGGUAGCGAUAUCAGUAUCGCUGUGCAAGAUGCGUUGAUGCAACCGAUCCGCAAAAUCCAAACAGCGACACAUUACAAAAAGGUCUUGUUCGAAGGCGCGGAAAAAUUAACACCGUGCUCGCCAGGAGACCAGGGCGCCGUCGAGAUGUCAUGGAUGAGUGUGGAAGCAGAAAAGCUGCUCGAACCACCUCUUCUGCUGAAGGACUUCAUCAAGGCAGUUCGCAAUUCCCGGCCGACGGUCAGUCACGAAGAUCUCAAGAGAAACUCAGAAUGGACCCAAGAGUUCGGCAGCGAGGGCGCUUAG